CUUCAUUUCAUCAUUUUAUUCAGAUCUGCUGAGAGAAGGCGAAACAUUGCAAUACAGAAUUACAGAAAAAAAAUGAAAAAGAUUCUUAGUUUUGUUUUACUAUUUAUGGUAAUACAUGGUCUAGGUGAAUCUUUAGCAAGUUCUGUAGAGGCACGAGAAUAUGUUAACAUUGAAGGAACGCAUACACUGAAGAAAAAUAACUUGGUCGGGGUUUUGUCAAAAUUAAAAGUUAAGUUUAAUGUUUUUUUCAGUAUAAAACUCAACAGUUUUUCAGAUGGAUAUAAAAGUGUCCUUCAUUUGACUAUGGGAGAGGAUAAUGAAAAGUACGGUGAUCGAAUCCCUGGCGUUUGGAUUUAUAAUCAAAGGUUGUACGUUGUUUUUGCAAUAAAUGGUAACAAAAAUAGUUUUUUUACAUCCAAGCCACUAAAACUUGGCCAAUGGACACAUAUUUCAAUAACUCAAGAUAUUAUCCGGGGAAAGACUAAGUUUGGGGUAUAUAUUAACUAUGGAAAAGAAUAUGAAGUAGAAAACUUCAACGCACAAGAAUUUACAAAUGUCAAAAUAUACUUUGGAGAUCCAUGGUAUGAAGCCCAAGAUGGUUUAAUCAAAAACUUCUGGGUCAACGAAAUCCCUGAUAAAGUGAAAAAAAGUUUGAAAAAGGAUGCAAUACAAAAAAAGAAGUUUGGGCCCGAAUUUUAAUGUGUAACAACGACUUUUUUUCUGUUUUGAACUUUUAACUUAAAAUGUAUCUGUUUAAAUUUUUUUAUUUAAAAUGUAUCUUUGCUAUUGUAUUCUGUUUAAUAUUUUAUAAAAAGAAUAACAUUUCUCUUUAUGUUGAUAUUAUUGAUCAUAAAAAAAUUUUUUAUUUUA